AUGGCUCUACGCUGGGGAAUCGUGUCAGUCGGCCUUAUCUCUAGCGACUUCACUGCUGUGCUGCGGACGCUGCCUCGCUCCGAGCACCAGGUCCGCUUUCCCUUUGCAGUGGUGGCGGUGGCGGCCCGGGAUCUCAGCCGAGCGAAGGAGUUUGCACGGAAGCACGACAUCCCCAAGGCUUACGGCUCCUAUGAGGAGCUGGCCAAGGACCCGAACGUGGAAGUGGCCUACAUUGGCACCCAGCACCCUCAGCACAAGGCGGUGGUGCUGCUGUGCCUGGCAGCAGGCAAGGCCGUCCUGUGUGAGAAGCCCAUGGGUGUGAAUGCGGCAGAAGUGCAUGAGAUGGCAGCCGAGGCCCGAUCCCGAGGUCUCUUCCUUAUGGAGGCCAUCUGGACACGCUUUUUUCCUGCCUCAGAGGCUCUGAGGUCUGUUUUGGCCCAGGGAACUCUGGGAGACCUCCGGGUGGCUAGGGCAGAAUUUGGGAAGGACCUCACUCGCCUACCCCGGGCUGUAGACUGGACCCAGGCUGGUGGUGGCCUGCUGGACAUUGGCAUCUACUGCCUCCAGUUCAUCUCCAUGGUCUUCAGUGGGCAGAAGCCAGAGAAGAUUUCAGCCACGGGAAGGCGCCAUGAAACAGGUGUGGAUGACACUGUCUCUGUGCUGCUACAGUACCCAGGAGGGGUCCAUGGCAGCUUCACCUGCAGUAUCACUGCCCAGCUCUCCAACACUGCCCUUGUGAGCGGUACCAAAGGCAUGGCCCAGAUCCUUGAUCCCUGCUGGUGCCCAACAGAGCUGGUGGUGCAAGGGCAGCAUAAGGAGUUCCCACUGCCCCCAGGCCCAAAAGAGUGCAAUUUUACAAAUGCGGCAGGGAUGAGUUAUGAGGCCAAGCACGUCCGGGAUUGUCUGCGCAAGGGCCUGAAGGAAAGUCCUGUGAUUCCCCUGGCAGAAAGUGAGCUCUUGGCUGACAUCCUUGAAGAGGUGAGGAAGGCCAUUGGAGUCACCUUCCUCCAAGACAAAUGCUGAUGUAUUUCCCGAAUAA